AUGGUCGAGUUGCCCCUACCUCCGAGGCGGCACGAAUACUGUGGUCUGUGAAUGCAUCGAGCAAAGGGAGAGUGUAAUCGUAAUUCGCGACUGGUUGGUUGUUAUUGAUCGGCGCGAGUCUGGUGCCGUGGCUGCGUCGCAGACGGAAAGCGAAAGUCACCGGGAGAGUAGUGCUUUCUUCAUUGGCGUAUAGUUCUCGCCUUGUCUGUCUGGUAAAGGCAGCUCUUAAUACGAGUUCGGGUUAGUCCGGCGUUGGGAAUUCUCCCUUUCUCCUCCUCCCUGGCAUGGUAGAUACGCGAGGAGUAUCAGCGACAGGAGGAGCGCAGUAUCAACAUGCAGGAUCCGAAAACUACAACGUUACUACACCGAACUCGAGAGUAGCGGAUGAGCGAUUCGGCCGUUUGACUGGUGGUGGUCCAAGUUGCUCGUACGAUAGGGAUAAAUACAAAAUGUCGAGCACCGGUCAGCAGCAACAGCAACAACGCUCCGCAUACGUCGAGGCACACGCGUUUGCCCACGCUGCUGUGCAGCAGCACAUGGCACAACAAGCCGCCCAAGCAAGGCUCGCCGUCCCCGGACCGCCGUCAGCUCCACAUCCGCCUAAUCCCACGUUCACUCUACCCGACGAUGGCCUCGGUUACGAUGAUGGAGUUCGCGUACUUCGUUCCAUUGGAACGUGGUCACCGGACUAUUCGGCAGCGAUGCGUCCCGGCGGAGGUGUAAUGCCCGUAUUUCCAGGCGCGACGGAACAACAAUUCCCAAGCGCCAGACCACCGACGAUAAAUCAGCCUGUACGCGCAACGAACAACGUUUCUUCGAGACCAGGCUCUGUAUCCAAAGCUACAAAUACCGGAGAACCAACGACGAAGGCAUUCGCAUGCACGGUUUGCGGCAAAGGCCUCGCUCGCAAAGACAAACUCGUUAUUCAUAUGCGAAUACACACAGGAGAAAAACCGUAUUCCUGCGAAGUUUGUGGGAAAGCCUUCGCACGAAGAGACAAAUUGGUUAUUCACAUGAAUAAAUUGAGGCAUAGACCUGGAGUUAUGCCACUUUCAACGCCCACCGCCCCGACGACCGACCCACAGCAAACCCAACAGCAGCAGCAGCAGCAACAACAACAGCAGCAGCAACAACAGCAACAACAGCAGCAACAACAGCAGCAGCAGCAACAACAACAACAACAGCAGCAGCAGCAGCAGCAAGCUAGGCAAGAAGUCAUUCACAAGCCAAAAGAAGAACCCGUCAGUUGGGCCUGUGAAUUGUGCGGAAGGCAACUCGCAACGAGAGAAGAGUGGAUGCAGCACGCACGAUCUCAUCUGGAGGCCUCAGCUCCGCCACAGCACGCAGCAGCAUAUUUCCCAGGGUCUGCGCCACCGCCGCAACCGUACACUUCCGAGAUGCUUUUUUGUCUGAUGUGUCGUACCGAUUUCUCGGAUAAAGCCGAGUUCGCAUUCCACAUACGUUCCCACCUCCAGCCACAAACACAGCAAGGGCAAUCCCAGCACGGAGCUGGCAAACAACCUACCGACCCAACGGCCGCGGAUUUAAUAGCGCGCGGGCCAGUUGAUCCUUCGGGAUUAUGCAGCUAGAACAGCCUGUCGUUCGACCAUAAUCGUUAUCAUCGCAUACACUCGAUUCGUGUCUUACCAUAGUGCGACGUCAUGACCUCGCGUAACCCGUUGAGAACAAACAAACUGAAACAUUCGCAUCAAGACACAAGUUUUGCAUAAACAUCAUCGUACGGAAUGCAUAUUGUGAUCGUAAUUAUAGAGUAGUUCCCUUUUUUUCGAAUUAUUAGAUAACCGGACUCGAGUUUGUUCGGUACUCGAACUGAAUCGUAAAAACCGAGCAACGAACAACUUUCGCGUAUCUAUAUCAUUGACUUUUUAUCCAUACUCUUUUCACUCAUUUUUUAAUACUUUUAUUUCGUUUUCGCUUCAUACGUUCUAUAAAUACCUUCUGAGGUUUUGUAUUAUAAAUAUAUUAGAGUAGAGUAGGGAAAAAAUGUUUUUUCAACGUCGGUAUUUGGUUCAGCUUUUUAUAUAUGAAUUCGUGACAAAAGUGAAUCUAACCGAAGACUAAAUUAUAAUUGGGAAAAACGAAUCCUCGAUCUCAGGAGGAUAACACAGAGAAACACGCGGACGAAUCUUCGUUAAAAGUCGAAUGUUUCGAAAAAUCAGCGGUUUUGGUGAUCAAUAGGAUCCUUGGAAAGUACCAAAUCGUUUUCAUCUAUCAGAAUUCUUUUUUCAACGUUUUUACUUGUUUUCAUCAAUAUUAUAUAUUUCGAAAAAUUUACAGUCUCCCGACCCUGCUGGUCGAGGUUGAACAAAACAAUCGAGCACAUUCUAUUCGAUUGAAGAUCAAAAUUUUCAUAUUAUUUGGAUCAACGACUUUCGAGAUCGAUUCCGUAUUAUCGUUCAGUGAAAAAUACAACCAUACAAUUUUCGUAAACGUUCCUAAAAACUUUGAAAUGCAUUUCCAUCGUGUCAGCUUCACUGUCUUCUACGUUUAUUCCUUCAUUCGUCGUUCUCGAUGUUACAUUGAGAAUUAACGAGUUUUUUGUCCAAAAUCGAAGAUGGUUCAGAUUGCUCGACGCUUAUUUCCUCAUUGGCGAGUGAGAAAAGCGUGCUUUUCGAAGCGAUUCGUGACGUAGGUUUCUCAUUAUUUCUCCGAAAUUUGAGUCUUCAUGAAAAGAUCAUCAUCGACGAAAAUGUAACGCGUUUGAUUUCGCCAAAAAGUGCAGUUCCAAGCAGUGACGAAAGACAAAAACAACUAUUCAAAGCCGUCAUGUCUCCUGUCUCAUGAUAUUUCAUCACCGGAAUAGAAACACGAGUAAACAUUUAACUUCGCUUCAAAUUUCCAGUGCAAUCUGUGCAAGAAUAAUCUAGAAGAAAUCGAGUCGUCGGCACCGACCGGAGCGACGACUGGAAAAGUGAUUUGUAGGGCUCUUUUUAUUCCUAAACGAAAUUUUUACGAAUGUAGAUAUCGCCUUAUGUUUUAUUUGCAAAAAACAAUGUAUCACAACGACGUGUACAUAAAGCAUAAACAAAUUUUUCAAAAAGUUAAAACUCUUGGAGACUCGUAUCUACGAUAUUUUUGUAAAAACGACCAAAAAAUGAAAAAAAAAAAAAACAAACGAAAAAGCUUUUAUAGUUUAGAAACCUCGCUUUCUCGUUUCCCAUUCGAAUAAUUUUCGAUCAUCAAAAAACAAGCAAAAUUAUUGACUUCGAUGCUAUGGAUUUCAUACAAAGUUCGAGCAAUCGUCGAAAAAUUUGAAAAAUUCCGUUUCGUCCGGGCUGAAAAUGCCUCGUAGAGGUCGAGAGAAGCUCCGAAGUUAGUUUAGAAUGCUCCUCGGAGUCGAUCACACGAUCCUUUUUAACUUCGUCUUUCCAAACAAUUUCAUAAAAAAUUUACGAUUUUAGAGAAUAAGGCUGUAUUAUUUGUAUUAUUACGAUCGUCGUGUAUCUUCGAGCGUUGGCAAUGUUGUGAGAACGAGGGAGAAAAAGGAACGAACGUUAUUUCAUAGAUGCAUAGUGCCUUCUCUUUGGGACUUAUCGAAUAUUUCUACACUCGUGAUUCUUCUUUUUCGAUUAUUUCCUUUGAUCCUGUAACGCAUUUUUAGGAGGCACGUCGGCGUGUGACGUAAGAUUUCAGAUAAUAUUAUUAUAAAUAAGUGAAUAAUAAAAAUCUAAAAUGAAGUAGAUAUUUCUAUAUACGUUCGUUUUUCUUUUUGUUGAGUAACGAGGAAAAUAUGAGGAACAGAGUUAAGGUCGUUGGACUGCCUCCAAACAGCUGUUUUUAACUACUUUUUAUACUGUUGAUGUGACACGCAGCUAAUCAGAGUCAGUAUAUUACUGCCAUAAUCAUAACGUACUACGUAUACCCACAAUACCUUUAUAAAUAAUGAAAACAAUAUAUAAAUAUGUAUAUAUCAAUAAAUAUAUACAUUAAUGACACGAAAA